GUUCCGUUGCGAGUCGUCUCCUCGUUACACAACUUGUGUGAAGCUAACUGCGUGCCGUCAUCCAACAUGGUGGCAAUAGGAACAAUAUCGAUUUCAUCGCUCUCAUCGUCAGGUCAUUAUAAGGAUCAUGAUUUUCCACAUGUCUUUGCGCUCCAACCCGCUGUUAUGGAAAACAAAUCUGGCUGUCUGGAGAGCAUGGAGGUCAUGGAAGUUAAACUUGCACUCUUCUACAGUUUGUGCUUCUUCUGGGCCCGGUCCCCUGGACAGAUCUGAAGCAUUGUCUUCUGUUUCAAGCGAAAAGCCUCCGCACACUCCUGUCAUGCUUAAAGAAGUGCUUCAUUACUUAGACAUCCAAGUAGGUCAGGUGGUCCUGGACAUGACAUUUGGAGGUGGCGGUCAUACCAAAGCAAUGCUGAAUAUGGUCCCUGAAGUCACAGUCCUGGCUUUAGACCGAGAUCCAACAGCAAUUUCUCUGGCCGAGCAGUUAGCCAAGGAACACUCUGGUCGUGUGAAAUCAUUGCUUGGCCGAUUCAGCGAGCUUGAAACCCUGCUGUCAAACAUGAACAUUAAGCCAGGCAGCGUUGAUGCUGUCCUGUUGGAUGCUGGAUGCUCCUCCAUGCAGAUGGAUCAGGCAGAGAGAGGCUUCUCACUCAGCAAGGAUGGGCCCUUGGAUAUGAGAAUGGAUGGAGAAAGGUACCCCGACAUGCCCUGCGCUGCUGACGUUGUGAAUACCUUAGAUCAACAGGCUCUUGCAUCCAUCCUCACUGCAUAUGGGGAAGAGAGACACGCCAGGAAAAUAGCUUCAGCCAUUGUAGUGGCACGUCGCAUCAACCCCAUCACUCGGACACAGCAGCUGGCCAAUGUGGUAGCAGGAUCAUUUCCUCCUGCAGUCAUCUACGCUCGUAAAGAUCGACUCCACAGACCUGCACACGUGGCCACCAAGACUUUCCAAGCUCUGCGUAUCUUCGUGAACGACGAGCUGAAUGAACUUCAUGCAGGCCUGCGUGCUGCCCGUGCAGCACUGAAACCUGGAGGACGCCUCUGCGUACUCACCUUCCAUUCUCUGGAAGACAGACUGGUCAAACGUUUCCUCCAGGAUGAUGACUUGUCUAAUCUAGAUCAGUAUCACUUUAGCCCGAGGAAGCAAAGCACCGUAAAGGAAAAAAAAGAUGGUGGAAGUGUUUAUUGGGUUCAGCUGCAAAGGAAAGUGAUCACUCCAGAGAAGGACGACGUAAUAGAGAAUCCUCGAGGACGCUCAGCUAAACUAAGAGUAGCAGUCAGGCGGUAAUUAUGAGAGAAUAGAAAUUCAGUUUUCAUCAAAACAUUUUUACAACUAGAGACACUUUUUUACAAAGUUAAAAUCAGGUUAAGCAAAGCCAUUAAAGGUUGUUAAUGUGUUAGAGAAUGCUAUGGGUUCAUGAGGGCACUGAACAGUGUGGGGUGAAUGAAUCUCACACACAAAACGUCCUCUGGUUGGAGGAAACCAUGGAAAUACCAUGUGUCACAAAUAUGGUAUAUAUUCAAGAUGCCACCCAAAAGAGUGUGUGCCCCAUUUACUACAGCUAAGUCCUUAUGGCAUUGGCUCAGGUUUGAUUUCGACCAUCAGUCCCUUUGUUAUCGCCAUGUCCAUCCACUUCCUUUCUCCACAGUUUCCUGUUUAUAUUUGGCUCUGACUUGCACAGAAAAGCACUUUUUGCUUUAAAGGUCCAGUGUGUCAGAUUUAAGAG